AUGUCGACGAUAGCCCUGAGAUCGCAGGGCAGGCCCGUUUUCCUGCGCUCGCUCUACGCAUGCAACCAAUGCAGGAAUGUGGGCUCCCAAAGAUGGCACUCGUCCGCAAAGGGCGGUUUCCAGGCGCUGAGGAAGAAGCUGCCGCCGUUGGCUGACAAGAGGCUCCGUGAGCUGCCCGACAAGCCGGCCAGGACGCGCUUCGCCCCCUCGCCCACGGGAUACCUCCAUCUCGGGUCUUUAAGGACUGCACUUUUCAACUGGCUUAUCGCACGGGCUACUGGCGGGCAGUUCAUCAUUCGGGUCGAAGAUACGGAUCGGACUCGUAUCGUCGAUGAUGCCGUCGAGCGUCUACUUGCGGACCUCAAAUGGGCGGAGCUGAACUGGGACGAAGGCCCUGACGUCGGCGGACCUUACGGACCCUACGAACAAUCAAAACGUCUGGACUACUACAAAAAGUACACCGAAAAGCUUCUCGACGAGGGUAAGGCCUACCGCUGCUUCUGCACAGCGCACGACCUUGAGCGUCACAAGCAGCAGGUCCUUGACGACGGCGGCGGCUCUGCACACUACCCAGGGACAUGUCGGGGCAUACCACCGUCCCAGGCUGAACGCCGCGGCGCCAACGGCGAAAAGCAUGUCGUGCGCUUCCGGAGCGAGGGCCGCCCAUCCUUCAUCGAUCGGGUCUACGGCAACUACCAGAAGAACGAGGAUGAGGACGAUUUCAUCCUCGUCAAGAGCGACGGGUAUCCGACCUACCACUUCGCUAAUGUGAUUGACGAUCAUCUCAUGGAAAUCACCCACGUCAUCCGCGGUGCUGAAUGGCUCAUCUCAACGCCCAAGCACAUCGCGCUCUACGACGCCUUCAAGUGGAAACCCCCGACCUUCGCCCACGCCGGCCUCCUCUGCGCCCAGAACGGCGAGAAGCUCAGCAAGCGCAACCACGACAUCGACAUUUCGUCGUACCGCGACAAGGGCAUCCUCCCCUCAGCGCUGAACAACUGGCUCGCGCUGUUGGGCUGGAGCAUGAACGAGAAGGACCUUGCCAAGGACGGCGAGGUGUUUUACACCACCAACGAGCUUGCUGAGAAGUUCUCUCUCAGGUUCACAAAAGGCAACAUCAAAACCAACCCAGACAAACUCGCCGUCUUCCAACGCAAACACCUCACCCACCGCCUCCGCGAGGAGAACGCGGACGAGGAACUUCUCAAACAAGCCCUGCUCCCGCCAACAACCAAUCUCCUCGCCCGCAUCUCGUCUCUCCUCCCCUCGUCUUCCACGGAAUCCCCGCCCUCUUCUAAAGAUGCCUCACCCACCAAGGCCACAUCAACAACCACAACACCCGAGAUCCUCACAUCUUCAACCAACCCAAAGCACUUCUUCUCAACGGCAGACUUCACCUCCCUCACCCCCUCCUCUCCAACCCCUCCACAUCCCCCACCCACCUCCUCGAGAUCUACCGCACCCUCGCCGCCGACUCCCCCAUCGACCCCUGGACCUAAUCCAGGAGCACCCCUCCCUCUUCCUCCGCCCCUCGGCGCACGCAACCUCUCCCUCCCGGACACCACGACGUCGCCCUCGGCCCUCCUCGCGGAUCUGCACGCCUCCCUCCGGGACGUCCACGAGCUCGACUGGAACCCGGACAAGCUUCAGUCCGUCAUCAACGACUUCUCAGCGCGCCACGCCGCCUCCGUCGACCCGGAGAAGCCCCCCCGACCGAUCAACAAGGCGACGUAUGCGCUGCUGCGGCUUGUGCUCACGGGCGACCACAACCGCGGUGCCAAGCCUGCCAAGUUGCAGCUCGCACUGUUGGGGCGCGCAGAGACCCUGACGAGGUUCGAGCUCUGCGCCGAGCAGUGA